UUCACUUCCACGGCGCGCGCAAUGAAACGAAGAUAUAUAAUUCGCUGCUUCAAUAAAACCCUAAACCCCGAAAAAAAUAUCCUUUUCUACUUUUUCAUAUCCCGCUAAUUUUUCUCUAACAAUAUCAAAAACAAAACGAUCACAUCUCCGAUUUUACGAUCUCUUUCCAGUAGCCAUGGGAAAAUCAAGCAAAAAAUCGACCCCCAAAGUUGAAGCAGCACCUGCUGUAGCUUCUCCCAAGUCCGGGAAAAAAGGAAAGAGAGAAGCUCAAGAAACUCUUGAGAAACAAGUGACUGUGAAAAAGCAGAAGAAAAACGAUGGGGUCGCACAGGCUAUUGUAAAGAAGAAGGUUGAAGCAAAGACCCAAAAGAAGAAGAAAGACGAAACCAGUAGUUCUUCAGACGAUUCUUCUGACUCCGAGGAUGAACCGGUGCCUCUGAAAAAACAGGCAGCUACUACCAAGAGUGGCUCUGUACCUGCAAAGAAAGCAAAGCAAGCUAGCAGUUUGAAGUCUUCCGAGUCUAGUAGCGAGGAAGAUUCAUCUUCUGACGAAGAAGCUCCUCAGAAUAAAAAACCUGUAGUUUCUAAAAAUGGCCCUGUUCCAGCUGCCAAGACAGUGAAAGCUGAUAGUGGUUCUGAGUCUAGCAGUGAGGAAGAUUCAUCCUCUGACGAAGAAGCUCCUGCUAAGAAGAAAAACCCUGUAGUUGCUAAAAAAGGCUCUGUUCCAGCUGCCAAGACACUGAAAGCUGAUAGCAGUUCUUCAAGUAGUGAGGAAGAUUCAUCCUCUGAUGAAGAAGCUCCUGCUCAGAAUAAAAAACCUGUACCUGCAAAACCUGGCUCUAUUCCGGCUGCUAAGACUGUUAAAGCUGAUAGUAGUUCUGAGUCUAGUAGCGAAGAAGACUCAUCCUCUGAUGAAGAAGCUCCUGCACAGAAUAAAAAAUCUGUAGCCACUAAAAGUGUAUCUGUUCCAGAUGCUAAGACUGUGAAAGCUGAUAGUAGUUCUGAGUCUAGUAGUGAGGAGGGUUCAUCCUCUGACGAAGAAGCUUCUGUUCAGAAGAAAAAACCCGUAGUUGCUAAAAGUGGCUCUAUACCAGUUGCUAAGACAGUGAAAGCUGAUAGUAGUUCAGAGUCUAGUAGUGAGGAAGAUUCAUCCUCCGAUGAAGAACGUGUUGCAAAAACAAAGGUAGUGACAGCUGUUAAAAAUGACUCUGCACCUGCUAAGAAAGGUGAGUCCUCCAGCAGCUCUGAUGCUUCAGAUGAAGAUAGCAGCUCAGAUGAAAAUGAAGAAAAAUCAAAACCUGCCACUAAGAAAGGACCUACCACUGUUCCAAAAAAAGGGACUAGUGAAAGUUCAGAAAGUGAUAUCUCUUCUGAUGAAGAGGAUGAACCUCCUCAGAAGGCUACUUUACCUGCUUCUGCUGCGAAGAAUGUACCUUCAGCAGUUGCAAAGGGUAAAACUGCAUCCAGUGAUAGCAGCUCUGAGGAGGAUUCUGAUGAAGAGGAUGUAAAGAAAGCCACUGUUGUGAAGAAAGCUUCUGCUCCCACACCGAAGAAAAUGGAGGAUUCCAGUAGUAGCUCCUCUGAUGACAGUGAUUCUGAGGAAGAAGAGCAGAAAGAUGAAACAAAGGGUGGUAAGAAACCUGUUACUGGGAAAACUGCAAAGAAAGAAGAUUCUUCUGAAAGUUCCGAAGACACUGAUUCCUCCGAGGAUGAGGCUCCUACAAACAAUGUUCCUGUUGGUUCAAAAAGGCCAGCCCCCACAGCUGGGAGAAAAACUGAACAGGAUAGUGAUGAUAAUGAAGAUGAUAGCUCUGAUGAGAGUGAGGAUGAACAACCUGUAGCUGCCAAAAAGUCUAAGGUUGUUUCAGAUGCUGGAAAAGAUGCCAAGGCUGUUAAGAAAGUAAGCAGUAGUGAAGAGGAGGAAUCUGAAGAAUCAUCUGAUGAUGAGGAAAAUGAUGAAGAAACUCUUAAGAGAAAGGACACUGAUGUAGAAAUGGUAGAUGCUACAACACCACAGAAAAUUACCAAGCAGGAGGAUUUGAAGUCUGGGAAGAAAGCUCCCCAAACUCCCACAACUCCUCAAGUUCAAUCUACAGGAUCAAAGACACUGUUCGUUGGAAACUUACCUUUCCAAGUAGAACAAGCUGAUAUAAAGAAUUUCUUUAAAGAUGCUGGUGAGGUCGUGGAUAUUCGUUUAUCCACUGAUUUUGAAGGGAACUUUAAGGGGUAUGGACAUGUUGAAUUUGCUACUGCAGAGGCUGCACAGAAGGCUUUAGAGUUGAAUGGUGAAUAUUUGAUGAAUCGUUCCCUUAGACUUGAUUUGGCUCGUGAAAGGGGUGCAUAUACACCAAGCAGUGGCAGUGGUAACAAUUCAUUCCAGAAAGGUGGAAGAGGUCAGGCUCGAACAAUAUAUGUUAGAGGAUUUGAUCAAUCUCUUAGCCAGGACGAGGCUAAGCAAUCAUUGGAGGAGCACUUUGGUUCUUGUGGCGAGAUUUCUCGGGUCGCGAUACCUGUGGACCGGGAAACUGGUUAUGUGAGAGGCUAUGCUUAUUUGGAUUUCAACGAAGGUGAUAGUUUCAACAAAGCUUUAGAACUUAAUGGAUCUGAACUUAAUAACUAUUCCUUGACCGUGGAUGAGGCAAAGCCGAGAGGUGAAUUCCGUGAUGGUCCUGGCAGUGGAAGAGGUGGUGGCAGGAGCGGGGGAAGGGACGGAGGUGGCAGGAGUGGUGGAUGGAGCGGGGGAAGAGAUGGUGGUGGCCGCGGGGGUCGUGGUGGUAGACGUGGGGGUGGUCGAUUUGGUGGAGGACGUGGAACACCUAACAAACCAAACCUUGCUGCUGCUGGUACAGUUAUAAUGCAGGAAAGAAGACUACUUUCAAUGAUGACGAUUAAUUGAAAGGCCUUUCCACCUGCUUGCUUAUGGCGAUUAAUUAUUUUGGUGCUAGAUUAUUAUUAUUAUUAUUAUUAUUAUUGUUGUUGUUGUUUUGGGCGGCCACCAUAUUUUUGUUAUCAUCUUAAUUGGUGUCGAAUUUCUUGAAAUCUCAGGUGUGGCUAUGUAGUUAUUUUUGAUAGCUGUGUUAUAGAAAUAUGAAGCGGAUAAUUGUUGAGGUAAUGAUGAAACAAAUAAUUCAAGACCAAAUUUCAUCAUAUGUAAAAAAUGGGGCUGUGCAACAAAACUGGAAAAACCUAAGUACCUUGUGUUUGCUUUGAUUUUAAUUCAAGUUGUGAAGUUGCCAUCAUGCGAAUAAAACUCAACUUCAUUUCUCUA